UUACCUGUCGGCAGGUAGUUACUGGACAGAAACAGCUUUUGGGAAGAACAAUAAUGAGAAGUCGGAUUGUUUAGUACUUAAGCGUUGGGAUUUUACAAGGAGAAAAAGCUUUGUGUUGGAAGAAGAGGAUGAGCGCGAGCCCCAUGAAGACGCAGCUGGUGAGCGCGAUACAGCUGCAGGAGAUGGAGGAGGAGGAGGAGGCGGCGCGCGAGGCGGAGCGCGAGGAACAGGCGCGCGAGGCUGCUGCCAAACCUGCAGCUAAACCAGUUGAGGAAGUCAAGGAUCAGAAAUAUUACAGCGUGGAGGAGGCUGUGGAAGGCAUCGGCUUCGGGCGCUUUCACAUCAUGCUCUUCAUUAUUAUGGGCAGCGCCAAUAUCGUAGAGGCGAUGGAGAUCAUGCUGUUGGCUGUCGUGUCUCCUGAGAUCCGUUGUGAGUGGCAUCUACAGGAUUGGCAGGUGGCCCUGGUCUCCACGAUGGUGUUCCUGGGCUUCAUGGUAUGCGGGGUUCUGUGUGGAUAUUUGGCGGAUAAAUAUGGCCGGUGGAAGGUGGUGUUUGGGGGCUUCAUGUGGGCGGCUUAUUUCUCCAUGCUCACGUCAUUUGCACCGUCUUAUGGCUGGUUUAUUUUCCUGCGCAGCAUGGUGGGCUGUGGAGUAGCAGCCACGUCACAAGGGUUUGUCCUGAAGACGGAGUUCAUUCCUGCUAAAUAUCGAGGCUCUCUGCUGCCCCUGGCCUCUAUCUUCUGGAUGUUGGGGUCUUUGCUGAUCAUUAUUCUGGGCAUGACGGUGGUGCCCACGAUGGGCUGGCGCUGGAUGAUCCGCUUUUCCGUCAUCCCCGGUGUUCUCCUCAUCAUCCUGUUCCAGUUUAUCCCCGAGUCUGCGAGGUUCCAGGUCUCCGCAGGGAACAUAGACGGAGCUGUGGCAACUUUAAAAUGGAUCGCUAAGAUGAAUGGAGCCAGUCUGCCUGAGGGGGAACUACGGGAACCCAUACUGACGGAGAGAGGAAAUGCUGCUACUCUGGUUAGUCGGGCGUUUUUGAGAACAUCUCUACUGCUGUGGUAUUCAUGGUUUGUGGCGUCCUUCUCGUACUACGGCUCUGUGCUCAGCAGCUCCGAGCUUCUGGAGAAGAACCUGCUGUGUGUGACCGACGCCGAUGCCGAGCACGACAUCAAACACAACCAGGAAGAGGCCUUGUGUUACUGCAUCCCCUUCAACAUGGCCGACUACCAGACCCUCCUGAUCAGCUGCCUGGGCGAAGUGGCACUGAUCCCUCUGAACAUCGGUUUAUUGCAUGUCGUGGGGCGAAAGUGCAGCAUGAUCAUCCUGCAGCUCCUCUCAGCCGUCUUCUUCAUGCUGAUCAACGUCUGCACCACCAUGUUUGGAUUCACGGUGUUGCUCUUCCUGCUGCGCUCACUGGUCUCGAUGAAUUUUAAUGUGGUUUAUAUUUAUACUGCAGAGGUUUACCCUACAGCAGUGCGCUCUAUAGGAAUGGGCUUCUGUACUUCAUUCAGUCGAAUAGGAGGAAUGAUCGCUCCCUUUAUAGCACAGGUGUUGAUGUCUAGGUCUGUGCUGUUAGCGCUGUCUCCGUUUGCUCUGGUGUGCUCUCUGUGCGCGAUCGGGACCGCCCUGUUACCCAUCGAGACCAGAGGACGGGCGUUACUGCAAAAUGAAUAAUCUACAGGCGGCACUGUGGCGUAUUUGUUACCACUGUGGAAUCGCACCUCCAGGGUCGAGGGCUCGAUUCCCGGUUUAGGUCUCUGUGUGUGGAGUUUACAUGUUCUCCCCGUGCUCUGUGGGUUUCCUCCGAGGACUCCGGUUUCCUCCCAAAGACAUGCAGAGUAAGCUAAUUGGUGUUUCUAAAUUGCCCAUAGUGUGGGGUGUGCGAUGGACUGGCCCCCUGUUCAGGCUGUGUGUGUAGUGCCCAGAGUCCCCGGGGACAGGCUCCAGUCCUCCUGCAACCCUGUACAGAACAAC